GGGACGGCCGGCUCUCUGGGUGACUGCCUCGCUUUUCCUGCAGAGCGUCUGAACAUCCAGAUCGUGUCUGCCCAGAGCCGCACUGGCCUGCUCACAGCGCAGGAGGCCCAGCACGUCCGGCAGCUGCAUGAGGAGAACAGGCAGUUCCUGCGCAUCCCGCGGAGGCCACGCUGGGAUAGGACAACCAGUGCAGAGGACUUGAAGCAAGCAGAGAGAGAGAGCUUUCUCGAUUGGAGGCGACAGCUUGCCCACCUUGAGGAAGAAAAAAAGUUAAUUCUAACCCCAUUUGAACGAAACUUGGAAUUUUGGCGUCAGCUUUGGAGAGUCAUUGAAAGAAGUGAUAUUGUAGUCCAGAUAGUAGAUGCUAGAAACCCUCUUCUGUUUAGAUGCCAAGAUCUGGAAAGUUACGUUAAGGAGGUCAGCAGUGACAAGGAGAACAUGAUCCUGAUAAACAAAGCAGAUUUGCUGAGUGAGGAGCAGCGGGCUGCUUGGGCACAGUUCUUUGAGAAAGAGGGCGUUAAGGUGGUGUUCUGGUCGGCUUUGGCAGAGUGCGCACGGCUCUCCGGAGAAGCAAAGGAACCAGACACUGAAGGUGCAGCAGAGAAGCUGAGUGAUUCUGAGGAUGAAAGCUCCAGUCAAGAAGAAGAUGACGCAGCACAAGAUAGCGCAGAAAGCACGUCCACAGGCAGUGCUUCACAAACUGGGAACCGAGUUCUGCUUAGUGACAAUGACAGUAGUGAUGAAUAUGAAGACUGUGAAGAUGAUGAAGAGGAGACCUGGCAAACCUGUUCUGAGGAUGAAGGUGCAGGCAAAGUAAAUGCUCUUGCUCUGGAAAGGAUGGAAAGCAGGACUGAUGGUGCUGCAGUGCAGCGUGUGGUACAGGAGCAGAACAGGAACAUCAGGAACUUCAGCCAUCUGGUACAGAGAAAUGAACUGCUGGAAAUAUUCAAAACAAUGCACAAUGGACCGAGGGUGAAGGAUGGGGAAGUAAAUGUUGGGCUGGUAGGUUACCCUAAUGUUGGCAAAAGUUCUACUAUCAACACAAUCCUUGGAAAUAAGAAGGUAUCAGUGUCUGCUACACCAGGCCGUACAAAACACUUUCAGACCCUGUAUGUGGAGCCUGGCCUGUGCCUGUGUGAUUGCCCUGGUCUGGUGAUGCCAUCUUUCAUCUCUACCAAAGCAGAAAUGAUUUGUUCUGGAAUUCUGCCUAUAGACCAGAUGAGGGACCAUGUCCCACCCAUUUCUCUAGUUUGCCAGCAUAUCCCACGAAACAUUUUGGAAGCAACCUAUGGAAUACAUAUCAUAAGGCCAAGGGAAGAUGAGGAUCCAGAUCGAAAGCCAACAGCUGAAGAACUGCUAACAGCAUAUGGAUAUAUGAGAGGCUUUAUGACAGCUCAUGGACAGCCAGACCAACCGAGAUCAGCUCGAUAUGUGUUAAAAGACUAUGUCAGUGGGAAGCUGUUAUAUUGCCAUCCACCUCCUGGCAUUGACCCAAAUGAUUUUCAGCAUCAGCAUCAAAGGUGCCCAGAGAAGAGAACCCUACAGGCCAGUGGACAGGUGAAGCCUGAGAAGAAUACCAAAGCAAAACAAAUUGAAAAUGUGGUGGACAAAACAUUUUUCCACCAGGAGAACGUUCGUGCCCUGAUGAAAGGGGUGCGGGCUGCAAUGGGAUACCGGCCCGGCAGUGGCCUCGUGCCUGUGACUACACCCAAUUCUGGGAGUGUGGUAGGAAAGCCCUGGAAAAAACACGGAAACAGGAACAAGAAGGAGAAAAUUCGCAGGAUCACUAAGCACCUGGAAGCUUAGCUGUGACAGCAAUACCUGACCUUUCCAAGGCAUGGACUGCACUGUCCUGUGGCCCUGAACUGAGCGGGGGAAAAAAGGAUAAGUGGGCAUCACUGGCUCAUCUGUGAGCAGCUCCGUG